UGUAGAUCUUUCUGGGAAGCAACUUAAAAAUAAAAUAAAAUUUGUUUUUUUGGGGACUUCUCUCAAAUUUUUUUCCACACGUGGAUUAGAAUCUCGUAUUCCCUCCUCGUCUUCCAAUCUCACCUAUAAAUUUCCACUCCAUGGCAUCCCCUUUUGGUUCCCAAUUCCAAACAAAUCAAAAUUACCCAGCCUCCAACCUCCAACCCCUCAACUCUCUCUCUCUCACUAACAGUGUUCAUCUCUCCAUGGAUAACAUUGGUGAGGAAUACAAACAUUACUGGGAAACCAACAUGUUUCUCCAGACUGAAGAGCUUGAUAGUUGGGGCUUAGACGAGGCUUUCUCUGUUUACUACGAUUCAAGCUCGCCGGACGGAGCGGCGUCUUCGGCGGCGUCGAAGAAUAUAGUAUCCGAGAGGAACAGAAGGAAGAAGCUGAAUGAAAGGCUGUUUGCUCUCAGAGCUGUGGUCCCCAACAUCAGCAAGAUGGAUAAAGCUUCAAUAAUCAAAGACGCAAUUGACUAUAUCCAGCAGCUUCAUGAACAAGAGAGAAGAAUUCAAGCAGAGAUUAUGGAGUUGGAAUCAGGGAAAUUGAAGAAGAACCCAGGUGGUUAUGAUUUUGAGCAAGAAUUACCUGUACUGUUGAGAUCAAAGAAGAAGAAAACAGAGCAGUUUUAUGAUUCUGGGGGAUCAAGAACUUCCCCUAUUGAAGUCCUUGACCUGAGAGUGACGUACAUGGGGGAUAGGACUUUGGUGGUGAGCUUGACAUGCAGUAAGAAAACGGACACGAUGGUAAAAAUUUGUGAAGUGUUCGAAUCUUUGAAGCUCAAGAUCAUUACAGCUAAUAUUACUGCUUUCUCUGGAAGGCUUUUGAAAACAGUCUUCGUUGAGGCGGAUGAAGAGGAGAAAGAACAAUUGAAGAUUAAAAUUGAAACAGCCAUUGCAGCUCUCAAUGACCCACAAAGCCCCAUGAGCAUCUAAUUCUCACAGGAGACAUAUUGGCUUUCUUCUUCUCAUAUAUUUUUAUCCAAAUUUCUUUCCAAUCUUUGUUUUCCUUCAUGAAGAGCUUUGGAAUUUUAGUAUGUGCGAAGAUCUAUCUCUUUCCAAUCUUUAUAUUCCUUCAUGAAGAGCUUUGGAUUUUGAGUAUGUGGGAAGAUCUGCAUAGAGUUUCAAGCCUAAAACCCCUUUUAGAUAACUAUAGUCUAUAUAUAUAUGUAUGUAACGAACUUGGCUUUUGAAAGUAAUAAUAUUGUUGUCUUGUGUA